AUAACAGGUUCAUUUAUUUAUUUAUUAUCAAAGGCCGGUAUCGAAGAUAUACCGAUAGUCUUGCCAAUUGUUCAUUCGAAUCAUUAGAGGAUGUGUUGUCUCAUCAAACUAUGGGAGACAAUAAUGCAAAGUUGUUUCUUAACUAUAUGAUACUUCCUGUGUAAGGAUUGUACUUGAUCUCAUCUGUCUUUAUAUCGAUCUUCCUUGUUCAUUGUAUCAUGUAACAAAAGAAGCAUGAGACCUCAAUAAAAUACAUUUUAUUGUAUUAAUAGGGAUUGGGAUUAUCAGUUCAAAUGCUUAAGGCAAUUAAUAACAUUAUUAUUUAACUGAUACGAAACAACUGAUUUGUUAAAAGGAGUUAUUGAGACUUCAGUAUAUAAAGGUCUACACAUGAACAUCUUGUUAAACUCUUAUUGACACAACUCGACAAAGACUACACCCAAGGAGGUUUGAAGGUAUGGAUUCUUCAUUUUGCUGGUCUUCCCUUACAAACUGUAGUGGAACAUCUAUGCGCACCAGAGUGACUGCUACCAAUCAUUUAUGGAUUCACUAUAUUGUAUAACCCACAUAGCAUCCAUCAACCGUAUCUGCUCAUCAGAAUGUGAAAACAGAAAUUUUUUCAACUAAAACUAUGUGUGUCAUUUGGAGAGUAUUUAAUUAAUAACAAGCACUCUAGUGGUAAGUAGAAAAUAAAACUACACUGCACAUUUUGAACAUUUAUAAACAGUGUCUCAUGACAGCCAAGAAAUUCAACUGUAACAGAUGACUGUAACUUCACUGACACUUCUCAGAUUUUAAGAAUUUGUUAGGAAUUAAUAUGGAGGAGAUUAAUCGCAUAGACACUUCUAACACAACUGUUUUUACGAAUGUAGAUUCAGUUACACAGACUUACAGUGGUGGGAAACGUUUAUGUGGCAAAACAUUUUCUAAACAAAGAAAUAUUUCUGAAUAUCGUUGUCAGAUUUGUAGGAAAAUAUUCUCUUCAGAAAACGAAGUCAUCACACACAGAGAAAUACAUAAUAAAGAAAAACGUUAUUAUUGUGAAGUAUGUGGGAAAAAUUUUGUCUCUAACAAAAAAUUAACAAUACACAAACGUAUUCAUACUGGAGAGAAACCUUAUCACUGUAAAAUAUGUGGAAAAUCAUUCUCUGUUAAUUCCAAUCUAAUAGUUCAUAAAAGGAUACACUCUGGGAAAAAACCCUAUCAUUGUGAAAUCUGUGGGAAAUCCUUCAUUCAGAAUUCUCAUCUUGUAGUUCACAAGUCGAUACAUACAGGAGAAAAACCUUAUUACUGUGAAAUUUGUGGCAAGUCUUUUGCCUCUAACAGUAAUGUAAGAAAACACAUAAGAUUGCACACUGGUGAAAAAUCGUUUCAGUGUGAAAUAUGUGGGAAAUCUUUCAUUGAGAAUUAUCCGCUUGUUCUCCAUAAACGUAGUCACACUGGAGAAAAACCCUUCCACUGUGAAAUAUGUGGCAAAUCUUUCAUUGAGAAUUAUCACCUUCUUAUCCAUAAACGCAAUCACACAGGGGAAAACCCCUUCUACUGUGAAAUAUGUGGCAAAUCUUUCGCUCAUAAUUCAGGUCUUGUUAUUCACAAGCGUAGUCACACUGGAGAAAAACCCUUCCAUUGUGAAAUUUGUGGGAAAUCAUUCUCUGUUAAUUCUAGUCUUGUGGUUCACAAACGGAGACAUACUGGAGAAAAACCUUAUUGCUGUGAAGUAUGUUCGAAAUCUUUUAUCACACACACUCUAUUAAAAACACACCAGCAAAUACAUACUGGAAAAAACAUGUUUCAUUGUGAAAUAUGUGGGAAAACUUUUCUCCAUAAUGCUAAUUUCAUCAGACACAAAAUAAUUCACUCUGGAGAAAAACCUUAUCAUUGUGAGACGUGUGGGAAAUCUUUUAUCCAGAAUAGUGACUUAACCAAACACAAACGAACACAUACUGGGGAAAAACCGUUCCACUGUGAAAUAUGUUUGAAAUCAUUUGCUGUUAAAUCUAAUCUUGUGGUUCACAAAGCAAUACACUCUGGAGAAAAACCCUUCCACUGUGAAAUAUGUGCAAAAUCAUUCUCUGAUAAUUCUACUCUCAAAAGACACAAAAACAUACACACCAAAAAGAAGCCUUUUGAAUGAAACAUGAGAAAUCUUUCUCUUCUAUAAACAAGUACACCUUGUAGAAUAUAUGAAUAUAUUGGAAAUCAUUCUCAAUAAAUUCUCGGCGUUUAUAUCUAUGAAAAUGCUCUUCAUUGAGAUAAGCCCUAUCAUGUAAAUAUUUGGAAAAUCUUUUUUUAUUGGAUCACACACUUGUUGAGAAAUGAGUACGCAAGAAAAAAUAUCUAGCAAAGUUUGUUGAAAAUCAUUCCAAAGUCAGUCUACACUUGUAAUCCACAGUUGAAUAGUGGCUAGAGAAAAAUUAUCAUUGUGAAUCAUCAUCAUUUUAUAUUCACUUUCAAUGAGUUGGACAGGACAUCACAGUAUUAAUCAGUUCUUAUCAGGAAUUACUGCAACAAGCAGGGGUUGAAACAUGUUAAAGUAGAAAGUUGAAAAUAGAAUGUAGUGGGUGCAUUUAGUCAACCCCACCCCCCCUCAGCAUUAGUGGGGGUUACUUACCUUGUGUGCCAUAACAACAGAGUUCUCACUACCCUAUGAUGUAUUCAUUCACUCAAAUUAAUGUGUCCAUAAUUACAUCACCAGGGUAAUGCAGUAAAUAAAAGUGGGGGAUGAAUGACGGGAAGAGAAAGGCUAAUCAUAUGGUUUAUCAGAUGCUACCUUCCUUUGUUGCACUGAUAAAAUUAAUACAAAUAGAAAGAAAAUGGAAAGAUAGUGAAUGUUGUGGAAAUGAGUAAGGGUGAGAGUGACGAGCACUAGAAAGUUUGUCAUGCCUUGUUUCUACUCCAUUCCCCAACCACUGAACAGAGUGCAUUGAAUGCUUUUUACUUAUUUAUUUUUUUUUUGCUCUGUAUACUUUACAGAGUGUACAAGGUGAAUGUAAUUGUGGCCCCAAACUGGAGAGGUUUCUUUUUGCCUGACAAGACUAAAGGGUUAUCACUACUCUUUUCUUUGUUCAUUCACUCAAUAUUGAUAGAGUGAUCCCAGAAGAAACCCAGAAUGAAUGAAUGGGUAAAUGGAACAAAUGUAUAAGGGUAGAAACAGAGUAAUUGGGAUGAGGGUAGGAGAGGUAGAGUGCAAGAAUAUUCACUGUUGGUAUAGAAAGGGUGAUAGCCAAGCAUAUUUAGAGCAUGAUAAUGCUAGGUAGGGAUUGAAUACAAGUAGAUCCAGUGCCAUUCCUCAGUGUGGUUUGUGGAGAGAGAUUGACAGGUCUAAUGACUUUCCUAACAUCCUUAGCAAUGGCAGCUUGUAUAUAAGAACUGCAGCAGCCCCUAUUUUCACUUGAUAUUAUCGAUAACAUUCAAUAUAAUGAGGCCUUUUUUCUUUAAUUCUUCCUUUAUACUUGUACAUUAUAUAAUACUUAAACUUAAUGUCAGUAGCCAUCCCCUAGUUUAUGAAAAAAAUACAAAAAUCCUUGUAUAGAACUGUGCACUUCACCAGUCCAGUGAUUCAGUGUUUGACUGUUGUGCGCAUGCUCACAUGUCCAAGAUAGGAAGCUUCACACUAGGGAGAGACAGCACUAUCAUUCACUCAGUGCUGGUGAAAGGUAGUGUUUCUUUUUGACUCCGCAUCUGUUGUGCUUAAAAACGUGUUUAUAUUCUUGAAUAUGAUGAAGUGUAGAAUUAGAUUAUUAUCUGCUUCCAGCUUCAGUGUUGCUGCCAGGAUUUGAAAAAUAGGGCAGAUUUUUCCCUCUUAUUUUGUGAUUUAGAGGAGAUUUUUGAAAAACAAGGGGCAAUUCACGGCAGUGUUCAGUGAACAAAUUAAACACACUGCCCAGCAGUGGCUAAAAUGCAAACCGAUCAAGUUUAUGUUUAAAUAUUCUUUUUAUAUGUUUGUUUCCUAUUACACAAUAUUAAAACAACAGCUAAAAAUUUUCUGAUGCAGCACCCCAACUAAUUUUAUCUACAAGCCACCACUGAAGAGAGGGUAAUAAUGAUGUAUGGUAAAGAUAUGAGAAGGUAUCAUGACAGUGGUUGAUGUAGAGCAAAGGACCCAAAU